UGCAGGGGAGGACAUCAGAGCAGACUGAUGCCCUGAGUGAUAAAACAUCACAGGCCAGACUGGAGAGCAGAAAUAUUACAGUUGAGGUGUACACCUUCAUACACCAUGCAUAAAUUUUGCAGGAUUUGCUUCAGCUGUCAUUUUAAAUUCAACAUUGCUCACCAUCCUCCUUCACUUUCAGUAUUAAGAGCUUUGAAAAAUAUUUUCUGGUAUCUAAUCCAACCUUUUCUAAGUUAUAACUUAUUUCUGUCAGGGAAUGAAUUGCAGAGUUUCUGAAUUAAAAGCAAACAAACUUCACUUUACAUUUUUAACUCACUGCUUUUUAUUCUUUCGUUUUAAGCAAAAAAUAAAGGUAUGCUCCUAAUUUUUAUUUGAAUGUGUCCUUACCAAGCCACUCCCAUUUGCUUGGUUUAAAUUAUUGACACCAUGCUUCUCUGCAGACAUGCUGACACAAACUUAUCUCACCUUGUCUCACAAGUAUCACAUUUGCCUUGAUUUGCUAUUUCCAUGUAAUUUUAUUUAGCGGCAUCUUCAGUACUUAUAGAGCUUGGUGAAAGUAUUUCUACACCCUUAACUUUUCCACACUUUGUCAUGUCACAUCUGCAAACUUUAGGAUUUGUUUUGCAUGUGUCCUACUGGUGCAAAACUGGUGAAGACAUUCCCAACAAAUAUGAGUUGUAAUGCCACUAAAGGGAAUUCUAUUGAGUAUUGAUUCAGUUUUUGUCAUUUGUGAAAAAACUGGAAACUAUGACAUUUUCCUUCCACUUCACUUAUAGUGAUCUAUCACGUAAAAAAAGAGUGAAACUUUGUGGUUGUAACAGGACAAAAUGUGAUAAAGUUAAAGGAUCAUAAAUACUUUUACAAGACGCUUAAAAGCAGCGAGAAAUUAUACAUUCAAGAAAACAACGCAGGGCUGCUAAUCGGCUAACAGUUUAGCCUCUAAAGUGUCUUCAAAAACUAAAAACUAUAUGACCAAACAGACCGAAUAUAGGAAACAGAUAUACUUACAUAUUUUAUUUACAAGUAGAUUUACAAAUCUGGAACUUGAACUGCACAAAAUUAACGUAAAGUUUUAUUUUUGCGUGACAACGUUCUCUUCACAUUAUAACUACUUUGUCGCCAUCUAGUGGUGUGUAAACUUCAGAGCAUCUAUUAAUUACAGAAAGAAAACCAUAUCUUUUGGACUGAAACAGAGUAAAAGAACCAGUCCAGAACCAGAUGUAAGAAGAAAAGCAUGCUAGUAAAAACCAAAAGGCUAAAGUUUUGUUAGCCCUAGAGGUUUGUUUUGUCCGUUUGAAAAUAGAGGAAACAAAUCAUUAUUUUGCUUUUUGUCCAUUUCAGUUUGAGGUUUAAUUAAACCUGUUUGAAACUGAAAUGCUGCAUUGUUGAGCUUUUUUAUGGAAGGCAGUGUUGUGAAAAUAAGAUAAAACCAGAAACCCAAAAGUUCAGCAAAAGGAAAGUUUAUUAUGAGAUGAGAGACGACUGCUUGAUAAAAUAGAUUAGCCUUUUAACUUUAAUGCUGCUUUCUCUGCAGUCAUUAAAUCCUGGUGAUGAGGCCGCAGACUGCUCUGCCUGUAUCUUUGCAUGUUUAAUUCACUGCUCUCCAUUUGCAUUUAAUAGAAGAAAAGGUGGGUCAGCACUUAAGGUACAUUAAACAACACGUUGUUGCUUUAUUUUAUAUAUAUAUAUAAGUUCAGUUCCUGCAUAUUUAACAGUUACUGUAUCUCUCUUUUGUGGUGUCAAAGCAGCUAAACUCAAUAGUAUUGAGAACCAGUAAAGACUUAGUUUGACCUUGUUCAUUUCAAUUAGUUUUAUUGUGUUUAAUCUUUUACCAUUUGUGUCAUAUUUUUAUGUUUUUCCUUUUAAUGCAGGCAGUUAUGUGCAGCUCUUUGCUUUAGUACUGCUUUAUAAAUAAAGCUGGUAAAGACAAUUUGGAAAACAUAAGUGGAAGAAGAACAGGAUGGUGAGAACAUUUAACAAAGCAAUAGCUGUGGGAUUAUGCGGUUUUAUACUUAGAUGUGACAGCUAAGACGUGGUACUAUCUUCAAAAUUCUAUAUAAAUGUAGCAUAACUGCAUUUCCAUUGAGAUCUUUUGCAUCUGUGCUACUAAAAUACUACAAAAAAUAUGAUAUACUUUGGGAUUUUGGCAGGGUCUUUUUUAGUUUAGCAUACUUUUUAUUGGAUGAUUCACAAGUUAGCUGACCAAUACUGGUGAAACUUCAAAGUUACAUAAAUCCUGCGUCAAAAUGCACAUGCUGCACACUUUCUCUGACCAAUAUUUUAACUCCCAUCGAUUGAUUAGCACUCUCCGAUGCUUAAACUGAGUCCAUUAGGUUUUGCAGACUCAUCAGUUGCGAACUAUUCUUCUUCACUUGCACUGUGUUGCAAACCUACCUGAUCAAAAGGUCUGUGCACAUGUUUAAAAUACUGUAUUUAUGCAACCAUUCAACCUCUGGUAAUAACUGCAGCACUGUAUUCACUUUUUCUGAAGUAAACCUUCACAACUUGGAUAUUCCAUCAUCCAGUUUUAUCACAWAAAAAAAAAAAAAAAAAAAAACACCCAGUCACAAACGUCUGGUAUUUGCUUGCAUGUGAUUAAAACCACUUUACUUACUGAGUCUAUCACUGACCAAGUGUGGAGAUACGGGCAGCAUUACACAGGCUCAUUUGCACUAAGUGCUACUCAAAUCCCAGCCAUCAGCAGAUGUGGAUCAAUGCUUGGUUUUACAGUUUGCAUCACUGAAAUGACGGGGCUCAUAAAGUGACAGGCCAUUAGUAAAGAAGUUCCUUCACCAAGAACUUCCUAUGCUCAGUGGCAGCACAUCCACACACCUGCUUCACAGCAGACAACUGGAGCUAAACCUGGAAAUGAGGCUCAAAUGGAUGUUUUUGCAAAUUAGGACAACUUUGGACUUUUUGUUUUUUUUUGGUGAUCGGAGUUUCUGAUUUUUAUUUUUACUGAGGCGCCCCAGUCGAACUUGUCAAACUUGGGCAGAAGGAUGUUCCUCAUUCAUGCGUUAUCCUUUUUCUCAGCUGAUGUCAGUGGCGUGAAUCAGUUCAUAUCUGCUGAUGCUGGUGCAAUGUCUCUGAUGAACUGAUGGAGCUUGAUGGAUGAAGGAGAUGGUAGGCAGCAGGUGAUAUUUUUCUAACAAAAAGGUGGAUCAAUAGAUUUGUCAGUUCAGAAAAAGAGACGCUACUUUUAAUAUAUAUAUUUUUUUAUGCUUACAUUUUUUUUAUUCCAGCAGCAUUUUCAGAGCUGUCAUCUAAUAUUUGUGAAUAAUGGGUUUAGAGGGAAUGGAGGUAAUUGCCAUUGCUGUUGUUGUUGGACUUUUUAUUGUUGUUCUCAAACAGUUUGGGAUUUGGGAGCCUUUGUCACUGGAAGACGAUGACACCAGCGACAGUGACCUUGAGCUCUCCAUGGUGCGGCACCAGCCAGAGGGCCUCGACCAGCUCCAAGCCCAGACCCAGUUCACCAGGAAGGAGCUCCAGUCGCUCUACAGAGGCUUCAAAAACGAAUGUCCCAGCGGGUUAGUAGAUGAAGAAACAUUCAAAACCAUCUACUCACAAUUCUUCCCUCAAGGAGACGCAACCACAUAUGCUCAUUUUUUGUUCAACGCAUUCGACAUGGACAGAAAUGGUUCCAUCCGUUUUGAGGACUUUGUGUUAGGACUGUCUGUUUUGCUUCGAGGCUCUGUUACAGAGAAACUUCGCUGGGCUUUUAAUCUUUAUGAUAUCAACAAAGACGGCUACAUUACAAAGGAGGAAAUGUUAGCGAUAAUGACCUCCAUAUAUGACAUGAUGGGCAGAUACACCUUACCCAGCGUACGAGAUGAUUCUCCGUUUGAGCAUGUGGAGAAGUUCUUCCAGAAAAUGGAUCGAAACAGGGAUGGAGUGGUGACAAUAGAUGAAUUCAUAGAAACCUGCCAAAAGGAUGAAAACAUAAUGGCUUCCAUGCAGCUCUUUGAGAACGUCAUUUAGUUUCUGUACAGAAAACUGGACCUUAUGAUGCUUCCUCCUUCAGGCUAUUACGCUGAAGCAAUGCCAAUUGUAUUCUAAGGGAGAUGAUUUUUGGCAAGAAAACACUUUGGGCACAUGUUUAUAUAACCUAGGCAACCGUUCCUGUAAAAUGUGAACAUGCAAAAAACUGUCCAGUAUCCACCACAUCAGUUUAAAAGCUAUGUUUCUUUGCAUGAAAAUGUGUGUGUGUGUGUAUAUA